AUGGCAGACCAAGGAGAGCAUGAGAGCAGUAAAGCUCAAGUUCCAUUAGUAGCCCCUGCCAAGCACGACGGCGAGCAGCACAGAAUGAACCACGUGCAACGCAACCGCGGCAUAGACGAACAAUACAUAUUGAAGAGCAAUAUGGACUGGCAGGUCACCAUUUACAGACAUGCACUUAAUGCACUACCGAAGUGCCAUGACUCUUUACGCCAAAAUGACGUUCUCAUAUGCAGAAUCUUUGCCACGACGCUCCAAAAUGAGGCGCAAUACUGGUUCUAUACCCUCCCGCCAUGCUUAAUUCGAAACUUCAGCAAACUUUUCUUGGUUUUCACUAAGGAAUAUUCGUCCUACCGCUCGAUCAAAAAGAAGUUUGACCACCUCUUCAACAUGAAGAAUGACCUAAAUGAGUCACUCCGCACAUGCGUCAAGAGGUUCAAGGUAGAGAAGGUGAAGAUCGUUGAAUGUAAGGACAGCAUUGCAUGCUCAACCUUCCGAAAGGGGUUCCUAGCAGAUCACCCAUUUUUCAGAAAAUUGAUCAUGGGUAAGAACUUGACCCUGGUAGACUUUUAUGCUUUGGCAGAAAAGCACUCCCUCUGGGAUGAGGCCAAGUGCUCCCAGAAGCCGCUUGAGCAGCCGCGCAAAUACGCAGAGCUAACUCAGAAAAAGGCAAGAGAUAAACCACUCAAUAAUAAGGACAAGCCAGGAAGUAGAUGCAGAGACCGGUCAUUCGCAAAGGAAAGCUCAGUGCCCAAGACGUACACCAAGUUCUCGGUCCUGAUUAACCAAAUCAUUCGCGACCUCAAGGACAAGCCGUGGUUCAAAAUGCUGCUAUCCAUAAGAGGGGACACCACCAAGAUGGACGAGACAAAAUAUUGCGCAUUCCACAAAGGCCCAGAGCACACAACCAACGACUACACUAUAUAG